GCCUGGAACCGCGGCCCCCGAGAGUCUGCCAGAGAGGGGCAGAAGAGACAGCGCCAGGGACUGGCGGCUCUGGACGCGGUGUCAGCAGGGCACUGUGGCGCUGGCGGGCCAUGCCCCGGGACUCCCCGUCGCUGUGGGAGCUGGUGGAGGAGCACGUUCCGCUCCCGGAGCGGCCCGAAGUGAAGAGAAUUCUGGGGGAGGCGGCGGUGGACCUGAGCCUGGAGCUGUGGGCGGAGGUGGCGACGUUACGGGCACUGCUCCAAGAGGCUCGAUCCUCCCAAGCCCCCAGUUCUCGCCCCAUCUCUGACCCCUCCUCUCUUCUGGCACCGCCGCCCCACCUAAGGGACCUCAUGCGCCAGGAACUCCGGCAGCUGCUCCAGGGUCUCCGCCACAAGGCCAUCUGCGAGGGCAGAGACCAGGCCCAGGCUUGGGUCCAGUAUAGCCCCAGGGUCCUGUGCUUUGCCUUGGAGGAGCCCAGGUGUGAUUUGCCAGAACCAGAGAUAUUCCAGAUGAGAGCUGGUGAAUCCAGCAGUCACAGGGACCUCAGCGUUUUCAAGGACCAACUGAACGUGUCCAACAUUGAUCAGGUUGCCAGACACCUGAGGGGCCUCCUGGAAGAGGAGUGUCGCACCUUGGAGAGGGAGAUCCCCAUCCUGCAGUGCUGCCUGGAAGAGGAGUCCCUGCGGGCUUGCCACCCCUCUGAGGCAACCCUGGAGCCCACCCUGGCAGAGCUAAAGGAACAGAGGAGUGCCAUGGAACAGGAGCUGCAGGCAUCUCCGGGGCCUUCUUGUGUCUCUCCCAACCACAGGCGGUGGCCCUUGGGGUCCUCCACUCAGGGGCUCAGACCCCUUCCUUGCCUCCGUGGGGCUGCUGGAGUUUGGGCUGCGCCUCUCCAGUGCCACCUGCCUGCACCUCCUUUGGAGCACUGUCCCCGACCUGGAGGCCAGGCUGCCAGCUGCCGUUGGGGACGGCAGCUUCGGUGCAGACCCAGGGAAGGGCCAACUUCCACCCCGGUGUCCAGUGCGGUGCCCCAGGCGCCAACCUGAAGGGCUGGUCACAAAGUGGGCUUCUGUUCCUGCUGGAAUGCACCCUCUCUGCUGCUGCCUCUCAGCUGCCAUGGCCCAGCCAGCUUCAGCUGG